AACUCAUUUUUCUCGUGGAGGACUCAACUCAGAAAUCUAAUAAAAAUGGAGUGUCUAAUUGGAAUCCAAUUCAGAGAUUUUGUUCUUAUCGCUGCUGACAUGACAACUGCACACUCAAUAAUGGUCAUGAAAACCGAUGAGCAGAAAAUCCACAAGAUCUCGGAAAAGCUGGUGAUGGCGGUGUCUGGAGAGCAAGGAGACGCAACGCAGUUCUCAGAGUUCAUUGGAAAGAAUAUCCAAUUGUACAAAAUGAGGAAUGGCUACGAAUUGUCACCUAAGGCAGCUGCAACCUUCACGAGGAGAAAGUUGGCGGAUUAUCUCAGGUCCAGGACACCUUACCACGUUAAUCUGCUGAUGGCUGGGUACGAUGACGAGACUGGACCUGAGCUAUUCUUCAUUGAUUACUUGGCUUCGUGUGUCAAGGCACCUUAUGCUUGUCAUGGCUACGGAGGAUUCUUCUCGCUUACUAUCCUCGAUAGAUAUCAUCGAUUUGAUAUGAAUGAAGAACAAGCCUACGAACUCCUGAAGAAGUGCGUAGCAGAGGUCCACAAACGUCUGAUCGUUAAUCUCCCAAACUUCAAAGUCCAGAAGAUCACCAAAGACGGUAUCAUCGACUUACCUCCAGUAACCGCCCAGGAAUUGGCCAUGGAGCGCGCUACACGAGCAUAAGUCCCUUUACAUUUUCUUCUGUUAAUGCUUCUGGAUUUCAUAAUUAUUAUCCACACCUUGUGAAUUUUCAAUAAACAAUUUUUGAAAAAAUAAAUAAAA